AUGAAAGGGAAAGAACUUCAUUUUUUUUUUAAAUUUUUUUUGGUUUUCUAUCGAUACUUAUUCACGCAGGGAAACUUUCUUUUUGUAUUUUUUCUGUUUUCUUUAUCCUUCUCUACUAAAUUCUUUUUCUGUCUUUCUUUUUCCUUUUGUUUUUCUUACUUUCCUUGCAUUUGUAUUUUUCUCCAACUCUUCUUUCUUUCUUUCUUUCUUUCUUUCUUUCUUUCUUUCUUUAUUUCAUUAACUCUUUCUUUCUUAGACUCGCUUCUUUGUAUUAUCUUUAUUACCUUUUCUUGUUCUUCAACUACUUCUUCUUUCAUUUUUCUUUCUUUCUUUUUCUUUCUUUCUUUUUUUUGCACUUGCUUCUUUAUAUUAUCUUUCUCCACUUCGUUUUCUUCUUCUGUUUCUCCUUUUUCUUUCUUUCUUUCUUUCUUUCUUUCUUUCUUCGCCCUCCUUUCUUUCAUCUUUUGUACUUUUUCCACCUCUUGUUCUUCUUCAUCAUCUUUCUUUCUUUCUUUCUUUCUUAGUAUUGCUCUUUCUUUCUUUUUUCAUUCUUUCAUUCUUCUUGCUUUCGUUUCUUUUUUUAUUUUUUUAUCCACCUCUUACUUCUUUACAUUUCUUUUUUCAUCUUUUUUACUUUUUCCACUUCUUGUUGUUCUUCUUCAACGUUCUUUCUUUCUUUCUUUCUUUCUUUCUUUCACGUCUUUUUUCUUUAAUCACCUCUUCCUUCUUUCUUUCUUUUUUCUUUUUCUUCUCUUCCUCCUCUUCCUCCGCCUCCUUCUUCUUCUUUUUUCGUUGCUCUUGCAAAUAUUUAUCACCCUCUCUUCUUUACCUGCUUUUCACCUUCUUAUCUUCUCCUCACUCUCCUUUCUUGCUUUCUUUUUCUUGUCACUAUGGACAUUUCUUUCUUUUCUUUUUUUUUUUUGUCUCGUCACAUUUUCUUUUCUCUUCUCAUCGCCUUCUUUCUCACCCAUGCCGAUCCAGAUUAGCACACUGGAAAGAGAAGUGAAACGGGCGGUUAAUUGUAAUUUCGCUUUUCUUUUCUUUUUUCUUCAUUUCAUUCAUUCUCUCUCUCUCUCUCUCUCUCUCUAA